AUGGCAUACUACCAGCAAAACCCCACGGAUAAUAUGCAGUUCUACCAGUCCAAUUACGCCAACUCGGCUUACCAGCAACCCUCUGUUGCCAGUCCCAAUAUGGGCUCUAUGGACACGAUGUUUGGGUCGCAUUUUGAUGUUUCUGGCGAUAUGGGUGGUGAACUUACGCCCGGGAUCAUUGCCGCUUUCGGUACCUCGGGCUACCCUGGAGAACCUCCUUUGUUGGAGGAGUUGGGAAUCAACUUUCUGCAUAUCAAGGGCAAAACGCUAGCAGUGUUGAACCCUAUCCAAAGAGACUUGAACCCGGAAAUCAUGAGCGACUCGGAUUUGGCGGGGCCGAUCUUGUUUGUGUUGUUGUUUGGUACUUUGCUACUAUUAUCUGGAAAAGUCCAGUUUGGAUACGUCUACGGUGUGGGUGUUUUCGGCAUUGUCAGCUUGCAUUAUCUUUUCAAACUUAUGAGUAACGAGGUCCAGAUCGAUUUGACCCGUUCGGCGUCCAUCAUUGGCUACUGCUUGUUGCCAUUGGUGUUUAUAUGUGCCCUUGGGCUUGUCGUGUCCUUGGACUCGACCUGGGGCUACUUGUUGAGCGCCUUUGCCGUGUUCUGGUGCACGUUCAGUGCUUCGGGACUCUUCAUCACUGCUUUGAAGUUGCACAAUAUGCGUUCUUUGAUCGCCUACCCUCUUGGUCUCUUCUACUCGGUGUUUGCCUUGAUGGCCAUUUUCGUUGAUUCCAAGCACGCCGACCUCAAAACCACCUCUUCCUAA